AUGGCGGCCGCAGCAACAAAGGUUGCACUCGUCACGGCAGGGUCUAAUGGCCUCGGCGCUGCGAUUGCAAGAUGCCUCGCAUUAGAAGGGGACAUGUCCGUUGUCAUCAACUUCCAUUCAGAUUCAUCCCGAGCCGAUGCCCUCGUCCAACAGCUUACACAAAUGCGCAAGCGAGUGAAUGGCUCCGCCGCGCCGCAGUUUGCCGCGAUAAAAGCAGAUAUGGGCCAGCGAAAUGAGAUUCGCCGACUGGUCACUGAGACGGUUCAACAGAUGGGACACCUAGAUGUAGUCAUUUCAAAUGCAGGUUGGACGCGAGUGACAGACUUUUCGGAUCUCCAGCAGGCCGACGAUGAGGCGGACUGGGAUCGCUGCUUCAACAUGAACGUCAAAAGUCACUUCUUCCUUUUUCAAGCCUGCAGAGAGCAUCUUGAGAAGAGCGAGGGUGCAUUCAUUGCUACUGCAAGCGUAGCAGGAGUUACUCCAAGCGGGAGUUCGUUAGAUUGGGGCCGCCAGUUUUCGGAAGAGAAGCUCAACUCGGUGCAAGAGAGGAACGCGUUGAAACGGUUCGCUACAAUUGAGGAUGUUGCUCAGCAAGUAAAAUACCUUGCUUUGGCCAAAUCAGUCACUGGCCAAAUUGCUGUUAUCGAUGCGGGAUUCUCGUUGUGA